CUCGCUUUGGCUCCCGGCGCGGCAUCGGCACCUCCGGCGAGCAACGCGUCCCCGGACGGCCCCUUCACCUGCUCCCUGUGCUGGAAAGUCUUCAAAAAACCCAGCCACCUCCACCAGCACCAAAUCAUCCACACCGGAGAGAAACCCUUCAGCUGCUCCGUUUGCUCCAAGAGCUUCAACCGCCGCGAGAGCCUCACCAGGCACAGCAAGACUCACUCGGGGCCGCUGCGCCUGCCCUGCUCCGUUUGCGGCAAGGAGUUCCGAGACCCGGCUUAUCUGCUGAGGCACCAGGCGGCUCACAGCGGGCAGCGGCCCGACUACAGGUGCGAGGUGUGCGGGAAGGGCUACGCCGCACCGCAGAGCCUGCUGCGGCACCGGCAGGCGCACGGCGGGGCGAAGAUGGCGGCGCCGGGCUCGUUUCUCGGCGUCGGUAAACCCGCGGAGUUCGUUUUCUCGGAGGAGAAAACGGAGAGCGGGGUUUUCUCGGCACCGGGGAAGAGCUUCGGGUGCGGGGUUUGCGGGCGAGCUUUCGGACGCCGCGAGACGUUGAAGAGGCACGAAAGGAUUCACACCGGGGAGAAACCGCAUCAGUGCGCCGUGUGCGGGAAGCGGUUCCGGGAGUCGUUCCACCUGAGCAAACACCACGUGGUUCACACGCGCGAGCGGCCCUACAAGUGCGAGCUGUGCGGGAAGGCGUUCGGUUACCCGCAGAGCCUGACCAGGCACAAGCAGAUCCAUCGCCUGCCUCUGCCUUGCGGUUUGAAUUCGACGUCCGGCGCCGGGACGGAAGGGCUGAGUUACGGCUGCGCCGAAUGCGGGGAGCGUUUCGCCGACCUCUUCCACGCCGUCAACCACAAGGAGGAGCACAUGGCGGAGAAGCCGUACGGCUGCGAGGCGUGCGGGAAGGCGUUCGGCUUCAUCGAGAACCUGAUGUGGCACAAAUUGGUUCAUCAGACGGCGCCGGAGGCGCCGGACGGCAACGAGGAGCAUCCGGUGGUGCCGAGCGGGGAGCGUUUCACGUGCGGGACGUGCGGGCAGAGCUUCAAGCAUUUCUUGGCCCUGGUGACCCAUAAGUACGUCCACCUGGUGCGGCGCACGCUGGGCUGCUCGGUGUGCGGGCAGAGCUUCGCCGGCGCCUACGAUCUGCUGCUGCACCGCAGGAGGCACCUCCAGAAGAGGCAUUUCGGCUGCUCCGUCUGCGGGAAGCGUUUCUGGGAGGCCGCUUUGCUGAUGAGGCACCAGCGCUGCCACACGGAGGAGCGGCCGUUCCGCUGCGGGGUCUGCGGCCGGGGCUUCCAGCGUUCCUGGUACCUGAGGCAGCACAAAGUGGUUCACACCGGGGAGAGGGCCUACAAGUGCGCCCUGUGCAAGAAGAGGUUCGCCCAGUCCUCCAGCCUGGCCGAGCACCAGAGGUUGCACAGCACGGCGCGGCCGCAGCGCUGCCAGACGUGCGGGAAAACCUUCCGCUAUCGGUCCAACCUCCUGGAGCACCGCAGGGUGCAUUUCGGGGAGAAGGUUUAUCGCUGCGAGCGCUGCCCCAAGAGUUUCUUCUACCUCUCGUCCAUCCUGAGGCACCAGAGGUCCCACGAGGCGCGCAGGGAGCUGCGCUGCUCCACCUGCAUGAAGCUCUUCAAGGACCCCAAGUAUUUCAGCAAACACCUCCAGGCUCAUCAGGGGGGGAGGCCUUUUAAGUGCAGCACCUGCGGGGAGGGGUUCCGGAAUACCUACGGGCUGAAAAAGCAUCGGAACGGGCAUAAGAUGGAGAGUGUGGGUGCUGGG